CAAAACUUUUGUUUUUUGUUUUUUAUUUUGGGAACUUAGCGUUUUGUUUUGCACAUCCUUUCUCGUAUGUCAAAAAGAUUCGGCCGUUACGUUGGGUUAGAGACAAAGAAGGAAAAUGGAUGCCACCGAAGUAAUUCUUCGUAAAACCAGAAAGACAAAUACAAAAAAAAAGAAUUUCAAAAAAGUUUAUCCUAUUAACUGUUCUAAUGUUUAUAUGACAGUCGGAAGAAACAACGAGACUAAAAGAACUAAAAAAAAAAACACGCAUGGUUAUGGUAGUCAUGAAAGGGCCGAGUCCCUUCAAAAUCGAUUAAAAGGAAAGAGAAAUUAUCAAGCAUUUCAUUAA